GCGAGGAGGGGGCGGGGAGGGAAGCCGAGGCUGGGCGCUCCAGGCCGGCCGGAGGUGGCGGCGGCGGCGGCGGCGGUGGCGAGGCCGGGACUCGGGCUGAGGGCCUGCUGUGGCGGCGGCCUGCGACCUCAGCAGUUUCUCUGGAAACCCCCCUGGUAAGUGCAGAGGAGGCGGGACACUCUGACCCAAGACAAAGACCUGUAGCUCCAGCCAAAGAAAAUAAACCCUAGGAAGGAGAAAGAAAGAAGGAAAGAAAGAAAUCCACUCGCCAGCUGUUCCUGCGAACAGCCUACAGUGGGGUCUCCACAGAGGACAGCCGAUGUGAGUGGGAGCUGACUGGAUGUGGACUGGAGACAGUAAGUUGAGAAGAGGGCCUUGAGGGCCUGGCCGGGUUAGCGACAGCUGAACUUUAGAGGUGAGGUGUCAAGAAGGCAAGAGUGAAUGCGGUCUGGAGUGUGGCUUUCACUCCACAGGGAGUGCUUUCCUCUGGGGCCGUCAGGGAGCUCAGCCCCUGUGUUGUGCCAGGGUAGGGUACAGGGUCUCCUACUGAGGAGGGUGACCUGCUGGCUGGAGUGGCAGAGCAGUGGCCUUGAUUUGUCUUGUGGAAGAUUUAAAAACAAAAAAGCAUAAACAUUCUGGUCCUUCAGCAAUGCUUUCUCUGAAGAAAUACUUAACGGAAGGACUUCUCCAGUUCACCAUUCUGCUGAGUCUGAUUGGGGUUCGGGUGGACGUGGAUACUUACCUGACCUCACAGCUCCCCCCACUCCGGGAGAUCAUCCUGGGGCCCAGUUCUGCCUAUACUCAGACCCAGUUCCACAACCUGAGGAAUACCUUGGAUGGCUAUGGGAUCCACCCCAAGAGCAUAGACCUGGACAAUUACUUCACUGCCCGGCGACUCCUCAGUCAGGUGAGGGCCCUGGAUAGGUUCCAGGUGCCUACUACUGAGGUAAAUGCUUGGUUGGUUCACCGGGACCCGGAGGGGUCUGUCUCUGGCAGCCAGCCCAACUCAGGCCUCGCCCUCGAGAGUUCCAGUGGCCUCCAAGAUGUGACAGGCCCAGACAACGGGGUGAGAGAAAGUGAAACGGAGCAGGGAUUCAGUGAAGAUUUGGAAGAUUUGGGGGCUGUGGCCCCUCCUGUCGGUGGAGACUUAACCAAAGAGGAUAUAGAUCUGAUUGACAUCCUUUGGCGACAGGAUAUUGAUCUGGGGGCUGGGCGUGAGGUUUUUGACUACAGUCAUCGCCAGAAGGAGCAGGAUGUGGAUAAGGAACUACAAGAUGGAGGAGAACGAGAGGACACCUGGGCAGGCGAGGGCGCGGAAGCUCUGGCCCGAGACCUGCUAGUAGAUGGAGAGACUGGGGAGAGCUUCCCUGCACAGGUGCCUGGUGGGGAGGAUCAGACAGCCCUGUCCUUGGAAAAGUGUCUUAGGCUGCUGGAGGUCACCUGCCCCUUUGGAGAGAAUGCCGAGUUCCCAGCAGACGUUCCCAGCAUCGCAGAAGCAGUGCCCAGUGAGAGCGAGUCCCCCACCCUUCAGAACAGCCUUCUUUCUCCUCUUCUGACGGGGACAGAGUCGCCAUUUGAUUUGGAACAGCAGUGGCAAGAUCUCAUGUCCAUCAUGGAAAUGCAGGCAAUGGAAGUGAAUACAUCAGCGAGUGAAAUUCUGUACAAUGCCCCUCCUGGAGACCCUCUUAGCACCAACUACAGCCUUGCGCCCAACACUCCUAUCAAUCAGAAUGUCAGCCUGCAUCAGGCAUCCCUGGGUGGCUGCAGCCAGGACUUCUCCCUCUUCAGCCCCGAGGUGGAGAGCCUACCUGUGGCCAGCAGCUCCACCCUGCUUCCACUCGUCCCCAGCAACUCUACCAGCCUCAACUCCACCUUUGGCUCUACCAACCUAGCAGGGCUUUUCUUUCCAUCCCAGCUCAAUGGCACAGCCAAUGACACGUCAGGCCCUGAGCUGCCUGACCCCCUGGGGGGCCUCUUAGAUGAAGCGAUGCUGGAUGAAAUCAGCCUGAUGGACCUGGCCAUUGAGGAGGGCUUCAACCCGGUGCAGGCCUCCCAGCUUGAGGAGGAGUUUGACUCUGACUCAGGCCUCUCCUUGGACUCCAGCCAUAGCCCUUCCUCCCUGAGCAGCUCUGAAGGCAGCUCUUCUUCCUCUUCUUCCACGUCCUCCUCCUCUUCUGCUUCCUCCUCUGCCUCUUCUUCCUUUUCUGAGGAAGGUGCUGUCGGUUACAGCUCUGACUCUGAGACGCUAGAUCUAGAAGAGGCUGAGGGUGCAGUGGGUUACCAGCCGGAAUACUCCAAGUUCUGCCGCAUGAGCUACCAGGAUCCUUCUCAGCUCUCUUGCCUUCCCUACUUAGAGCAUGUGGGCCACAAUCACACCUACAAUAUGGCACCCAGUGCCCUUGACUCUGCUGAUCUACCACCACCCAGCACCCUCAAGAAAGGGAGCAAAGAAAAGCAGGCUGACUUCCUGGACAAGCAGAUGAGCCGAGAUGAGCACAGAGCCCGAGCCAUGAAGAUCCCAUUCACCAAUGACAAAAUCAUCAACCUACCCGUAGAGGAAUUCAAUGAGCUGCUGUCCAAAUACCAGCUGAGUGAGGCCCAGCUGAGCCUCAUCCGGGACAUCCGGCGCCGGGGCAAGAACAAGAUGGCUGCACAGAACUGCCGCAAGCGCAAGCUAGACACCAUCCUGAACCUAGAGCGUGAUGUGGAGGACUUGCAGCGAGACAAGGCCCGGCUGCUCCGAGAAAAGGUAGAGUUCCUGCGGUCACUGCGACAGAUGAAGCAGAAGGUCCAGAGCUUAUACCAGGAGGUGUUUGGGCGGCUGCGGGAUGAGAACGGGAGGCCCUACUCACCCAGUCAGUAUGCGCUUCAGUAUGCUGGGGAUGGCAGUGUCCUCCUCAUCCCUCGCACGAUGGCUGACCAGCAGGCCCGGCGACAGGAGAGAAAGCCAAAGGACCGGAGGAAGUGAGCCAGGGGAGGCAGGGGGUGGACGCUCACUAAGACAGAAACUGGAGAAGGGCUGGGCCUGGACCUAACACUGGGGACUUAAAUGCCUUCUUAUCCAAUAUAUCUUCUCAGAUGGGAUGACUGCGGGUCAGUGCACACAAGGGGCGGGCGCAGGCGCUGUCUGGCUUAGCUUCCCCACUGGGAGUGGGUGGAAAUGACCAGAUUGUUUGAGUGAUUGGGGUCCCCAGCCUACUCCCUUCUUUCUCCUGAGGGAAGGGUGGUGGUGGCGUGCUGGAGGUAGAGGGGCAGUGUGGAGUGAAAGGGAAAAGGAGGACUUGGGAGAACAGAGAAAGUGGUGGAAAGUCUCAUUCCUGGAAGGAGAAAAGGAAGGAAAUCGCCUAAAAUCAAAGCAGUCAGAAAAAUCAGAGGGGCUGUUAGGGCCUUGGCCAGCAUUCCAGGCAGCGAGCGUGACUCCAGUGGGCCUAAGUGAAGAAGUGGCUGGUGUGGAGACGCAGACAUGCUGGGGCCAUGGGAGGGCUUUUUACCUGUUUCUCGAACUGUGUCAUCCCUGAAGGGGAAGAAGCUCUUGGAUGGCACCUAUAUUGUUUUAAUUACUUAAACGGGGAGCCGUGGGGACCCAACACUGACUUAUUUUCAGGCCAGAGGAGGGCAGAGGGUAUAACAGUGAUAAAGAGGCCUGUGUUGCAGCAGCCCCACCAUCAAGCAUGUCACUCACUGCCCUGCCACAGCCACCUCCCUCCCUAGCCACCUCCUAAGAGCCUGCAUGGAAAUGCUGUACUCUUCCCACUCUCCCCCCUUUUGUGGUACCCACCCUCACUAGCUGCCUAGAGCUCUCUGGAGUGGGGUGCUACUCUGGCAGUACCCGGAACCUGGCCUAUAGCGUCCUCUGCAGGGGCUAAACAGAAGCAAGGUGAUGGUGUGGAGGGAGAAGCCAGCUCAGUGACCUCCAGGCACUGUUCAGCACAACACUGGGAAGUGAGCUUCCCUCAGGCCCUCUGCCUACCAACACCUGGCCUUGUCACUGGGGAAAAGGAAAACCUACAAACCCCAGCAACAAAACCCAGUCCUCUUAGACUUUCUUGCGCUUUGAUUUUUUUAGGGCGUGUGCCCUGUUUCACUUAUAGGGCCUAGGAUGCUUGUGUUGAGUAAGAAGAAGAUGCCCCAAUAUUCAAAGCUGCUAAAUGUUCUCUUUGCCAUAAAGACUCCGUGUAACUGUGUAAACACUUGGGAUUUUUCUCCUCUGUCCCGAGGUCUUGUCUUGUUUUCUUUUUUGGGUUUCUUUCUAGGAAAAUGAGAAAUGCAUGAAAGGGCCAGAGAUGCCCCUCCACUAGGCUUUCAGCUUCAGGCAGCUGCUUCAUAGCCUGGUUAGCCUGGGCUCCUGAAAGACAGCCCUGGGGGAGGCAGGGAGGGCAGCAGCGCCAAGGUAGCCAGAUGGUUCCAGGACCACAGUGUCUUUUUUUUUUUUUUUUUUGGUCACUUGCCACGCCCCCCUCCCCCCCCCCCCCCAAUCCUGGUCAGCUCUAGAGUACUAUCUGCCCCCCAACUAGCAGGGGUGAGUCAGGGGGAAGCACUGAUUCUCCUCCCUGGGCAGGGAGGGGUUUCCUAACUGAGCAAUAGGGAUAGAAAGCGUGAACCUGGGAGUGCUUUUUAUAAAUUAUUUUCCUUGUAGAUUUUAUUUUUAAUUUAUCUCUGUGACCUGCCAGGGAGAGGAGAGAGAGAAAUGCUGUGAGCACAUGACAAAAUAAAAUCAAAUAAAAUGGA